AUGGAUGCUGCUCGCGAUGAGGAAGCUGGUCUACCUGAAAAUGCGCAAGCACAACAGCCACGUAGUUCAGUGCCUUCAUUUCUCUUUAUCAGUUUCUUGCUGUUCAUGCUCACAAGCCAUAAUGGUGAUGAAUUUCUCGCACGACACCAAUACCAGGAUGCACUUCGAUCCCUCUCAUACCAACUCUCCAAUUACACAGCGUGGAUGAAUGGGACUGCCUCAAACUUUUCUGUGCCGUUACGAGAUGUCACUUUGUCGCCCCUCCUGGAUGCAUUCUAUACGCAAGGUGGCAUCGUCGACCCGGCAAAUUAUGCUUACUAUUCAAAUCUCACUGGAUUUGUACACGCGAAGACACAGUUUCAUAAUAUUACUCCAUCGGCUCUGGCAGAGAGCGACACACUGAAAUGGCGCCCCUUGGCGGAAGCCUACAUAGCGGACACAAACAUGACAGGGCUUCAAGAAAGACUGGGGUCUUGGAACUGGACAGCCUGCAACAAGCUGGCGUUUAGCGUAGUGGAAAAGAAUUCACCUACAACAGCUGCUAGUCAAAUUGCUUUGGUCCAUGGGAAGAUAGAGCUGACAGAUGCUUUGACAUUGGAUGACUUUCGCUUGGAAUUUGAGGGGGUUCAUUUCCUUGCAAAUGGUACAAUCUAUGGGUUCGCAGCUCCAGGAGGAGGCCACAUCGACAUAAGACUGCUCCCUUCCCUCGUUCCAGAGUCUGCAAGAAAUGAAACUGCACCAAUUAUUGAACCGGAACUCAAGGCGCGAAUCAAUAAGCUCAGAAAUCUGAUUGAUGCUGGCGUUGUUGAGCAGGAAACCUCCGGUGAUGAAUCCCCGAAAUCGGCUUGUUCCUUCACAUUUCAUGGUCAAAUAAACCCGGUAGCCGUUCCAGAACAGCUAAUGAAAGAGUUGGAAGAAGAAAUUCAAAAUCCAACGGGUAUCUCGACCGUCAUCCCACCUAAACUUUCUGUUAAUGGUGUGCUGGUGAGCAAGGAAUGUGGUCUGUUGUACGUCAUCACGGACUCGGAAGGCCUCAGUUCAUCCGCUUUCUUCCGCAAGGUCACUACAUAUGCUGGAUUGUCUGGUUUGGUCUAUCUUGCAAUCUUGUCCCUCUUCGCUCGUCAGGUAGAGCGGAGCCGCACGCCCUCAGGCAUCUCCCGUGUUUCGCGUUGGACGUUUUUAGCCCAAUCUACUAUGGACUCGGUAUCGUUUGCAGGCCACAUCACCUUUGCUAUACUCGCGGAAGGCAGACCCUCUUUGACACUUAUUGCUCCAGCUUUCUUAGCGUGUGCUUUAUUUAUUCAGCAAGCCCAAUUCUUUACCCUUGUGAAUUCUAUCCAAGGAUCAGAGAACUUUUCCCCUCCAUCUCAGCCGGCACCCGCUGCCUUGCCAGCUGCCCCUCCCAUCGAUGCCGUGCCUCCAGUAGCCGCCAUGCCGAAUCCGCUCCCUCAACCAAUUCCUGCCGCAACUCAGUCUUCCUUUUUUGCUUUCUUCAUCCAUCACGCUCGUACUGAUCCUCAAGCUAGACUCUAUAUUACCCUUUUCAUUUUCUUGACACUGAUAGUCCGGGUUAUACUUUCGCCAACUCUAUCAAUGAUAUUUGUCGCUAUCACGUACUCCUCUAUCUGGCUUCCGCAGAUUAUUAGAACUGCCCGUCGUGGACGUCCCAGUGGCUUGGCGAAGGAGUAUAUAAUUGGGACGACCAUCUGCCGCCUUUUCAACGCACUUUAUUUCUUGGCUUGUCCAAGAAAUGUAUUGGAAGUCGAACCCCGCUCUUGGUCGUAUAUUUUGGCUGCAUUUGUCGUUCUUCAAGCACUUGUACUAAUGCUGCAAGACACCUUUGGCCCGUCCUUCUUCCUUCCAAGACGGUUUACUGUAGCGCAGCUGUAUGACUAUCACCCUCCAAUGCCACUUCCAGACUUUGAAUCCCCAGAACAAUCUUUGGGAGAUUGUUCUAUCUGCAUGGAAGAUAUCAUCAUUACUUCGCCAUUACGGCGACGUUCCAAAUCACUAGAUGCAAGGGGGGACUGGGAAGAAAAAGGGAACACUGCAGCUGGACGGAAAGGAAAGGGAGGUUUGUUCAAUGCGAUGCACAUGGGAGUUGGGGGAGUUGCGGCGAGGAAAAGUUACAGUCUUGCUCCUUGCCAUCACUUAUUUCAUACAGAUUGCCUUGAAAAGUGGCUGGCUAUCAAGAACAUCUGUCCUCAAUGUCGUCGGCCGUUACCACCGCUCUAG